GGUGACAGCCCAAAAAAAAAAAAAAAAAUUGCGAAAUCAAGUGCACUGAAGUUCAAUCUUUACACCUGACACAUGGCAUUUAAUCAUUGAACAACACAGUCAAUCAGCUCCGGACUGAGACGCAAGUUGUCACAGACUUUAACGCUGCACCUUGGACGCUCUUAUCUUCUGAACAUCAGAUUGUUGUCACAGUCCACAAAGAUUUCCAGGAAGAGAAAAUACAAGAGGCACAAGCAUGGGAGAGUGGGGCUUUCUCUCCAAGCUGCUGGACAAAGUGCAGUCUCACUCCACGGUUGUUGGGAAGGUGUGGCUCACUGUCCUCUUUGUCUUCAGGAUCAUGGUUCUCGGGGCCGGGGCCGAAAAGGUGUGGAGCGAUGAACAAUCAAAAAUGAUCUGCAACACUAAGCAGCCGGGUUGUACGAACGUGUGCUACGAUCACACCUUUCCAAUCUCCCACAUUCGCUUCUGGGUCCUUCAGAUCAUCUUUGUAUCCACACCAACACUGCUAUACUUCGGCCACGUUCUGCACAUCCUCCACAAAGAAAAGAAACUGAUAAAGCUGAUUGAAAGCCAUACUGAAAAGCACGGCAUCAAACAACCCAAAUACACUGACGAUCAUGGCAAAGUUAUAAUCAAGGGCCAAUUGUUAGGUAGUUACCUAGCCAGCCUGUUUGUCAAGAUCUUGCUGGAGGCUGCAUUUAUUGUAGGCCAGUACUAUAUUUACGGUUUCAUAAUGAUCCCUAAGAUAGAAUGCUCCCAAUCUCCCUGCCCUCAUACGGUUGAGUGUUACAUGUCUCGUCCCACAGAGAAAACUAUCUUUAUUAUCUUCAUGCUGGUGGUGGCGUGCAUCUCUCUGCUUUUGAACGUGAUUGAGAUGUUCUACCUGAUAUGCCGCAGGUCAAAGAGACAUCGUGGCACACAGAUGACCGCAUUCCCGCAAGGUUUAAACGGAUCCAAGGUGUACAUUACAGGAACUUCAAUGUCUAGCUCAACUUAAGGGUGAAAAGAUUGUUCAUAGCUUGUACAUAGAUAAAUGAGGCUGAAUCUUGGUAUUAAAAUUAAUGUCAUUUUGUGAUCAAUUUGUUUUGCACGGUUUUUGUUUUGCUGUGAAAUGAGCAUAUGUAUUUUGAUCAAUGUUUACACCAAAAUGAAUGUUGGUGCAUGGUGCCAUAGGAGAGGUAAUUUUAUAUGGACUAUAUUUAACUUCUAACCUUUGUUAAGGUAAUGACGUGUCAUAUAACCACUAUCACUUAUCUCUUCUUAUAAUAUUUUUGUGAUGCUCUACUUGUAUCUUACAAUGGAAUUGUCAUAAAAUGGCAUUACACUUAGAUAAUAGUUCAGUAUGUAACAGACUGCAGGUUAAUAUUCAGUGUUGGGGAAAGUUACUUUCAAAAGUAAUGCAUUAAAAUAUUGUUUUACUCCAUAAAAAAGUAACUAAUUCUGUUACUUUUUAUAAAAAGUAACACAUUACAUUACUCUUGUGUUACUUUUUCUUUUUUUCUUUUUUAUGAUUUUUGGCAAAAGAAAGGCCCUUUCACACCAAAAGUAAAAUGAAUAAGCUUCAGGCUGUGUGGCAAGGCACAUGUAUAUUGGGAAAUGUUAAAUGUUCCAUUAAUUCAGAAAAGAAUUAAAUGAGCAUUCAAACAUAUCAACUGUAGCAUCAUUUACUCACCCUCGUGUUGUUCCAAACCUCCAUGACUCCAAAAAUAACAAAAAAGCAGCAUAAAGAUAUCAAAAGUGAAAUGAGUAAGCUUCAGGCUGAUCACAAAUGUGAUGUUCAUCUAAAGUAUUUUUGCUUAUGGUUGAAUUAGAUCAUUGAAGGUCAGCAGCAAAGACAUUGGUUAAUAAAGUGAGAUUAAAUGCA